AUGUUUUUGCUUUCUUUUACAGUUUAUUUUUUCAUUUUGCAUUUCUUUCUUUCUUUACUUUCCUUUUGCCUUUUCUUUUCUUUCUUUUUCUUUUUUGUUUUGUUCCUUUUUAUUUUAAUUUCUUUAUUUUUAUUUUUGCUUUUCUUUGUUCCUUUUUGUUUCUACUUUCUUUCUUUGUUUCUUGUUGUUUUUUCUUUCCUUUUCUUUUACAUUCAUAUUUUUCAUCCAUCUUUUUCUUUUAUUUUCCUCUUUUUCUUCUUUUGCUCCAAUAUUUUCCUUGCCUUUUCUUUUUGUUCUCUUCUUUCUUUUAACUUCUUUUCUACUCUCAUUUUUCUUUUUUUCUUCUUUCUCUUUCAUACUUGCUUCCUAUUUGUUCUUUUUCUCUUCUUUCACAUUUUCUUUCCUUGCCUUUCUCUGUUUCCGAUCCUACUUUUCAUUCCACUUUCCUUCUCUUCUUCUCUCUCUUUUUCCUUCAGUUUUUUCUAUUUUCUUUUCACUAACCCUCUCUCCUCCCUCCUCUUUUUUAGGCUUUCUCACUUUCCAUUUCUAUUUUCCUUUUCACUUUCCCUCUUUGUUCCUCUUCCUCUUAGCCUUUCUUAUUUUUCAAUUCUAUUUUCCUUUUCACUACAUUCUUGCCUCCUCUCUCUUUUUCAUUUAGCUUUUCUCACUUUCCAUUUCUAUUUUCUUUUCAUUAUCCAUCUCUCCUCACUACUUUUUUUAGCUUUUCUCACUUUUCUUUUUUCUCUUUUCUUCUUUCCUUUUAUUGCUUUACAUUUUCUUUCCAAACAUUCCCUCUUCCUUUAUUUAUUUUUCUUGUCUAAUUUCAUACUCUCCUUUUCCUCCUCUCUUUAG